AUGACACUGACAGUCAAAAUUUUCCGUCCUCCUAAAGCUAAGUGCAUCACCAGUUCCCGUCCUCCUGAAGCUAAGUACGUCACCAGUUCCCGUCCUCCUGAAGCUAAGUACGUCACUAGUUCCCGUCCUCCUGAAGCUAUAAAGUACGUCACCAGUUUCCGUCCUCCUGAAGCUAAGUACGUCACUAGUUCCCGUCCUCCUGAAGCUAAGUACGUCACUAGUUCCCGUCCUCCUGGAGCUAAGUACGUCACUAGUUCCCGUCCUCCUGAAGCUAAGUACGUCACCAGUUCCCGUCCUCCUGAAGCUAAGUACGUCACUAGUUCCCGUCCUCCUGGAGCUAAGUACGUCACUAGUUCCCGUCCUCCUGAAGCUAAGUACGUCACCAGUUCCCGUCCUCCUGAAGCUAAGUACGUCACUAGUUCCCGUCCUCCUGAAGCUAAGUACGUCACUAGUUCCCGUCCUCCUGGAGCUAAGUACGUCACUAGUUCCCGUCCUCCUAAAGCUAAGUACGUCACUAGUUCCCGUCCUCCUGGAGCUAAGUACGUCACUAGUUCCCGUCCUCCUGGAGCUAAGUACGUCACUAGUUCCCGUCCUCCUGAAGCUAAGUACGUCACCAGUUCCCGUCCUCCUGAAGCUAAGUACGUCACUAGUUCCCGUCCUCCUAAAGCUAAGUACGUCACUAGUUCCCGUCCUCCUGGAGCUAAGUACGUCACUAGUUCCCGUCCUCCUGGAGCUAAGUACGUCACCAGUUCCCGUCCUCCUGAAGCUAAGGACGUCACUAGUUCCCGUCCUCCUGAAGCUAAGUACGUCACCAGUUUCCGUCCUCCUGAAGCUAAGUACUUCACUAGUUCCCGUCCUCCUGGAGCUAAGUACGUCACUAGUUCCCGUCCUCCUGGAGCUAAGUACGUCACUAGUUCCCGUCCUCCUGAAGCUAAGUACGUCACCAGUUCCCGUCCUCCUGGAGCUAAGUACGUCACCAGUUCCCGUCCUCCUAAAGCUAAGUGCGUCACCAGUUCCCGUCCUCCUGAAGCUAAGGACGUCACUAGUUCCCGUCCUCCUGAAGCUAAGUACGUCACUAGUUCCCGUCCUCCUGAAGCUAAGUACGUCACCAGUUCCCGUCCUCCUGAAGCUAAGUACGUCACUAGUUCCCGUCCUCCUGAAGCUAUAAAGUACGUCACCAGUUUCCGUCCUCCUGAAGCUAAGUACGUCACCAGUUUCCGUCCUCCUGAAGCUAAGUACGUCGCUAGUUCCCGUCCUCCUGGAGCUAAGUACGUCACUAGUUCCCGUCCUCCUAAAGCUAAGUGCGUCACUAGUUCCCGUCCUCCUGAGGCUACAAAGUACGUCACCAGUUCCCGUCCUCCUGGAGCUAAGUACGUCACUAGUUCCCGUCCUCCUGGAGCUAAGUACGUCACUAGUUCCCGUCCUCCUGAAGCUAAGUACGUCACUAGUUCCCGUCCUCCUGGAGCUAAGUACGUCACUAGUUCCCGUCCUCCUGAAGCUAAGUACGUCACCAGUUCCCCUCCUCCUGAAGCUAAGUACGUCACCAGUUUCCGUCCUCCUGAAGCUAAGUACGUCACUAGUUCCCGUCCUCCUGGAGCUAAGUACGUCACUAGUUCCCGUCCUCCUGGAGCUAAGUACGUCUCUAGUUCCCGUCCUCCUGGAGCUAAGUACGUCACCAGUUCCCGUCCUCCUAAAGCUAAGUACGUCUCUAGUUCCCGUCCUCCUGGAGCUAAGUACGUCUCUAGUUCCCGUCCUCCUGGAGCUAAGUACGUCACUAGUUCCCGUCCUCCUGGAGCUAAGUACGUCACUAGUUCCCGUCCUCCUGGAGCUAAGUACGUCUCUAGUUCCCGUCCUCCUGAAGCUAAGUACGUCACUAGUUCCCGUCCUCCUGGAGCUAAGUACGUCACUAGUUCCCGUCCUCCUGGAGCUAAGUACGUCUCUAGUUCCCGUCCUCCUGGAGCUAAGUACGUCACUAGUUCCCGUCCUCCUGAAGCUAAGUACGUCUCUAGUUCCCGUCCUCCUGGAGCUAAGUACGUCACUAGUUCCCGUCCUCCUGAAGCUAAGUACGUCACCAGUUCCCCUCCUCCUGAAGCUAAGUACGUCACCAGUUUCCGUCCUCCUGAAGCUAAGUACGUCACUAGUUCCCGUCCUCCUGGAGCUAAGUACGUCACUAGUUCCCGUCCUCCUGAAGCUAAGUACGUCACCAGUUCCCGUCCUCCUGGAGCUAAGUACGUCACUAGUUCCCGUCCUCCUGAAGCUAAGUACGUCACUAGUUCCCGUCCUCCUGGAGCUAAGUACGUCACCAGUUCCCGUCCUCCUGGAGCUAAGUACGUCACUAGUUCCCGUCCUCCUGGAGCUAAGUACGUCACUAGUUCCCGUCCUCCUGAAGCUAUAAAGUACGUCACCAGUUUCCGUCCUCCUGAAGCUAAGUACGUCACUAGUUCCCGUCCUCCUGGAGCUAAGUACGUCUCUAGUUCCCGUCCUCCUGGAGCUAAGUACGUCACUAGUUCCCGUCCUCCUGAAGCUAUAAAGUACGUCACCAGUUUCCGUCCUCCUGAAGCUAAGUACGUCACCAGUUUCCGUCCUCCUGAAGCUAAGUACGUCACUAGUUCCCGUCCUCCUGGAGCUAAGUACGUCACUAGUUCCCGUCCUCCUGGAGCUAAGUACGUCACUAGUUCCCGUCCUCCUGGAGCUAAGUACGUCACUAGUUCCCGUCCUCCUAAAGCUAAGUACGUCACUAGUUCCCGUCCUCCUGGAGCUAAGUACGUCACCAGUUUCCGUCCUCCUGAAGCUAAGUACGUCACUAGUUCCCGUCCUCCUGGAGCUAAGUACGUCACCAGUUCCCGUCCUCCUGGAGCUAAGUACGUCACCAGUUCCCGUCCUCCUAAAGCUAAGUGCGUCACCAGUUCCCGUCCUCCUGAAGCUAAGUACGUCACUAGUUUCCGUCCUCCUGAAGCUAAGUACGUCACUAGUUCCCGUCCUCCUGGAGCUAAGUACGUCACUAGUUCCCGUCCUCCUGGAGCUAAGUACGUCACUAGUUCCCGUCCUCCUGGAGCUAAGUACGUCACUAGUUCCCGUCCUCCUGAAGCUAAGUACGUCACUAGUUCCCGUCCUCCUGGAGCUAAGUACGUCACUAGUUUCCGUCCUCCUGAAGCUAAGUACGUCACUAGUUCCCGUCCUCCUGGAGCUAAGUACGUCACUAGUUCCCGUCCUCCUGGAGCUAAGUACGUCACUAGUUCCCGUCCUCCUGGAGCUAAGUACGUCACUAGUUCCCGUCCUCCUGGAGCUAAGUACGUCACCAGUUCCCGUCCUCCUGGAGCUAAGUACGUCACCAGUUCCCGUCCUCCUAAAGCUAAGUGCGUCACCAGUUCCCGUCCUCCUGAAGCUAAGGACGUCACUAGUUCCCGUCCUCCUGAAGCUAAGUACGUCACUAGUUCCCGUCCUCCUGAAGCUAAGUACGUCACCAGUUCCCGUCCUCCUGGAGCUAAGUACGUCACCAGUUCCCGUCCUCCUAAAGCUAAGUACGUCACCAGUUCCCGUCCUCCUGGAGCUAAGUGCGUCACCAGUUCCCCUCCUCCUGAAGCUAAGUACGUCACCAGUUCCCGUCCUCCUGGAGCUAAGUACGUCACCAGUUCCCGUCCUCCUAAAGCUAAGUGCGUCACCAGUUCCCGUCCUCCUGAAGCUAAGGACGUCACUAGUUCCCGUCCUCCUGAAGCUAAGUACGUCACUAGUUCCCGUCCUCCUGAAGCUAAGUACGUCACCAGUUCCCGUCCUCCUGAAGCUAAGUACGUCACUAGUUCCCGUCCUCCUGAAGCUAUAAAGUACGUCACCAGUUUCCGUCCUCCUGAAGCUAAGUACGUCACCAGUUUCCGUCCUCCUGAAGCUAAGUACGUCACUAGUUCCCGUCCUCCUGGAGCUAAGUACGUCACUAGUUCCCGUCCUCCUAAAGCUAAGUGCGUCACUAGUUCCCGUCCUCCUGAGGCUACAAAGUACGUCACCAGUUCCCGUCCUCCUGGAGCUAAGUACGUCACUAGUUCCCGUCCUCCUGGAGCUAAGUACGUCACUAGUUCCCGUCCUCCUGAAGCUAAGUACGUCACUAGUUCCCCUCCUCCUGAAGCUAAGUACGUCACUAGUUCCCCUCCUCCUGAAGCUAAGUACGUCACUAGUUCCCCUCCUCCUGAAGCUAAGUACGUCACUAGUUUCCGUCCUCCUGAAGCUAAGUACGUCACCAGUUUCCGUCCUCCUGAAGCUAAGUACGUCACUAGUUCCCGUCCUCCUGGAGCUAAGUACGUCACUAGUUCCCGUCCUCCUAAAGCUAAGUGCGUCACUAGUUCCCGUCCUCCUGAGGCUACAAAGUACGUCACCAGUUCCCGUCCUCCUGGAGCUAAGUACGUCACUAGUUCCCGUCCUCCUGGAGCUAAGUACGUCACUAGUUCCCGUCCUCCUGGAGCUAAGUACGUCACUAGUUCCCGUCCUCCUGAAGCUAAGUACGUCACUAGUUCCCCUCCUCCUGAAGCUAAGUACGUCACUAGUUCCCGUCCUCCUGAAGCUAAGUACGUCACUAGUUCCCGUCCUCCUGAAGCUAAGUACGUCACUAGUUCCCCUCCUCCUGAAGCUAAGUACGUCACUAGUUCCCGUCCUCCUGAAGCUAAGUACGUCACUAGUUCCCGUCCUCCUGAAGCUAAGUACGUCACUAGUUCCCCUCCUCCUGAAGCUAAGUACGUCACUAGUUCCCGUCCUCCUGAAGCUAAGUACGUCACUAGUUCCCGUCCUCCUGAAGCUAAGUACGUCACUAGUUCCCCUCCUCCUGAAGCUAAGUACGUCACUAGUUCCCCUCCUCCUGAAGCUAAGUACGUCACUAGUUCCCGUCCUCCUGAAGCUAAGUACGUCACUAGUUCCCCUCCUCCUGAAGCUAAGUACGUCACUAGUUCCCGUCCUCCUGAAGCUAAGUACGUCACUAGUUCCCGUCCUCCUGAAGCUAAGUACGUCACUAGUUCCCGUCCUCCUGGAGCUAAGUACGUCACUAGUUCCCGUCCUCCUGAGGCUAAGUACGUCACCAGUUCCCGUCCUCCUGAGGCUAAGUACGUCACCAGUUCCCCUCCUCCUGAAGCUAUAAAGUACGUCACCAGUUCCCGUCCUCCUGAAGCUAUAAAUCACGUCACCAGUUCCCCUCCUCCUCAACUAAUGACUCCGACUCUUUCCGCUCCAUCAACUGUAACAUUGACGUCACUAUCAUAA